GCUUUACGCACGAACAGAGCGCAGCCGCCGGUCCGACGCUCUGCUCCGACUCCUCCUGUUUGUAUUUGCACACCGCAGAGGAAUCUCCCACCUCACCGAGGAAGCCAUGGAUGAAAUGGAGGAAGAGUUAAAAUGCCCAGUCUGCGGCUCGUUUUACCGGGAGCCCAUCAUCCUGCCCUGCUCGCACAACAUUUGCCUGGCGUGCGCCCGGAACAUUCUCGUGCAGACCCCCGAUGCGGAGUCUCCUCAGAGCAGCAGAGCCUCCGGAUCCGGGGUCUCAGAUUAUGAUUACUUGGAUUUGGAUAAAAUGAGUUUGUACAGUGAGGCGGACAGUGGCUACGGUUCGUACGGAGGCUUCGUCAGCGCCCCGACCACCCCCUGCCAAAAAUCACCAAACGGGGUCCGGGUGUUCCCCCCGGCCGUUCCUCAGCCUCAGCCGCAGCAGCACCUCCUCCCGCAGCCGGGCUCCUUACCGCCGAUCCCCCGCAACUCGUGCAUCACUUGCCCGCAGUGCCACCGCAGCCUCAUCCUGGACGACCGGGGUCUCCGCGGAUUCCCCAAGAACCGGGUGCUGGAGGGGGUCGUGGACCGGUACCAGCAGAGCAAGGCGGCCGCCCUCAAGUGUCAGCUGUGCGAGAAGAGCCCCAAGGAGGCCACCGUGAUGUGCGAGCAGUGCGACGUCUUCUACUGCGACCCGUGCCGCCUGCGCUGCCACCCGCCCCGCGGUCCGCUCGCCAAGCACCGCCUGGUGCCGCCGGCGCAGGGCCGGAUCAGCCGGCGCACCAGUCCCCGCAAGAUCUCCACCUGCACGGAGCACGAACUGGAGAACCUCAGCAUGUACUGCGUGCAGUGUAAAACACCUGUGUGCUACCAGUGUUUGGAGGAGGGGAAACACGGCACGCACGAGGUCAAAGCCCUGGGGGCGAUGUGGAAACUACAUAAGGGCCAGCUCUCCCAGGCGCUGAACGGGCUGUCGGACCGAGCCACCGAGGCCAAGGAGUUCCUGGUGCAGCUCAGAAACAUGGUGCAGCACAUCCAGGAGAACGGGGUGGAGUUUGAGGCAUGCCUGGUGGCGCAGUGCGACGCCCUCAUCGACGCCUUGAACCGGCGCAAAGCCCAGCUGCUCUCUCAAGUGAACAAGGAGCACGAGCACAAGCUGAAGGUGGUGCGUGAUCAGAUCUCCCACUGCACCGUCAAGCUGCGUCAGACCACCGGACUGAUGGAGUACUGCUUGGAGGUCAUCAAGGAGAACGACCCCAGCGGUUUCCUGCAGAUCUCCGACGCUCUGAUCCGGAGGGUCCACAUGACCGAGGGUCAGUGGGGGAAGGGAACCCUCACCCCGAGGAUGACCAGCGACUUCGACCUGACUCUGGACAGCGGGCCGCUGCUGCAGACCAUCCACCAGCUGGACUUUGUUCAGAUGAAAGUCCCAGCUGCCCCCAUGCUCCAGCUGGAGGAGUGCUGCACUCAGAACAACAGCGCCACGUUGUCAUGGAAACAGCCGCCGCUCUCCACCAUCACAGUGGACGGGUACAUCCUGGAGCUGGACGAUGGAAACGGGGGUCCGUUCAGGGAGGUGUACGUGGGGACGGAGACCAUCUGCACGGUGGACGGUCUCCACUUCAACAGCACCUACAAGUCCAGAGUGAAGGCCUUCAACGGCAGCGGCGUGGGGCAGUACAGCAAGACCCUCAUCAUGCAGACCUCUGAGACUGGAAUCCCUCCAUGUGAUAUUCAGUCUAUAGGCUCAGUUGCCUGGUUCACCUUCGACCCGGCCUCGGCUCACCCGGACAUCAUCUUCUCCAACGACAACCUGACGGUCACCUGCAACAGCUACGACGACCGGGUGGUCAUGGGGAACUCGUCCUUCUCCCGGGGGGUUCACUACUGGGAGAUGACGGUCGAUCGCUACGACAACCACCCGGACCCGGCCUUCGGCAUCGCGCGGGGCGACGUCCUGAAGGACGUGAUGCUGGGGAAGGACGACAAGGCCUGGGCCAUGUAUGUGGACAACAACCGCUCCUGGUUCAUGCACAACAACUCCCACACAAACAGGACGGACGGCGGCAUCGCCAAAGGAGCCACAAUAGGGGUGCUGCUGGACUUCACGCGGGGGAUCCUCAUCUUCCUCAUCAACGACGAGCAGCAGGGCCCCGUGGCCUUCGAGGGCCUGGAGGGCGCUUAUUACCCUGCGAUCAGCCUCAACCGAAACGUCCAGGUCACUCUGCACACAGGUCUACCCAUCCCCGACUUCUACACCCCGGGGGAGGCAGAUCCCACCAGCUCGGUCUGCUGAAGACUGGGAUCCUGAAAACCCGUCCAGGACGCUCCAGGGUUCAUCCUGCCCAGUCAAAACAAACUCUGAUCUCAUCCCGAAUCGCCUCUUCACCCACGACCCCCCCCCAUCCCUGCGAGAGGCCGAGUCGAGCAACGAGCCUUGCCUUUGUCGUGCCCAGACCCCGGGUGUCUGG